AUUGUCUUUCAAGUCUCGCACGCACCUGCGAGAGUUCAGCGAGAUCGAUGCAGCCAUCUUGUUGACUUCCUGGAGUUUCGUGCUGCACCUAGAACGAAUGUCUGUCUCACUGCCGUUGUAAUCUGCAUAUUUAUACGUUCAUACCUGUAACCCGUAGUGGAGAGAGGGCACACCAGAACUAGCUGAAACAAUGUCGGAGGAUGUAGACAAGCCCCCAGCCCCGCCCGUCAGACUAGAGAGUGCCAGAGAGUCCUCCAUGCCGCAGGAGUACAAGCCGCUCCCUAAGGAGCCGGAGGAGAGGAGAAAGAUGAAGACACCUAAAGGGAACAAAAUUGCAAAGCAGAAAGAAAAUGAAAAGCCAGUCAUAUCAGCCCCUUCCAAUUUUGAGCACACAGUUCAUGUGGGCUUUGACCCUCACACUGGAGAGUUCACGGGGAUGCCGGAGUCAUGGGCGCGCCUGCUGCAGAACUCCAACAUCUCCAAGAUGGAGCAGAAGCGGAACCCGCAGGCUGUGCUGGACGUGCUCAACUACUACGAGACAUCCAAGGAUGUGAAGGAGUCUAAAUACAUGCUCAACCUGAAACCAGCAAGUAGCGCUUCCACAAAGUCAAACCUGUCUGAUAAACUCUCAUCUCCAGUAGUGCUCACACAGGAUACGUUUCAGUCGAAGGAGCAGAAUUCGACGACCCCCAACCCCAGUGAGGAGGAAGAGGAGGAGCCCCCGCCGCCCAUAGCUGCCCGACCCGACAAGACCAAGUCAAUAUACACAAAACCAGUAGAAGAUGAACAUCCAAAUGAAAAGAACUCAGACAACAAAACUGAAAAACCAAAAAAGAAGAAGAUGACAGAUGAAGAGAUCAUGGAGAAGCUACGUACAAUUGUUUCACUAGGAGAUCCCAAUAGGAAAUACACCAAGAUGGAGAAGAUUGGCCAGGGAGCGUCCGGCACAGUAUACAUUGCCAUCGAGGUGGCGACGGGGCGUGAGGUGGCCAUCAAGACCAUGAACCUGUCUCAGCAGCCCAAGAAGGAACUGAUCAUCAAUGAGAUACUGGUGAUGCGGGAGCACCAGAACCCCAACAUCGUCAACUACCUCGACAGCUACCUGGUCGGGGAGGAACUCUGGGUUGUUAUGGAGUUCUUAGCUGGAGGUUCACUAACAGAUGUCGUCACGGAAACAUGCAUGGAUGAGGGUCAGAUUGCUGCAGUAUGCCGAGAGUGUCUGCAAGCCCUGGAGUUCCUGCAUGAGAACCAGGUGAUCCACCGAGACAUCAAGUCCGACAACAUCCUCCUCGGCAUGGAUGGCAGUGUCAAACUCACUGACUUUGGUUUCUGUGCUCAGCUGUCUCCGGAACAAAGCAAGCGGUCCACUAUGGUGGGCACCCCCUACUGGAUGGCCCCCGAGGUCGUCACCAGGAAGCAGUAUGGGCCUAAGGUUGACAUCUGGAGUUUGGGCAUCAUGGCUAUUGAGAUGAUUGAGGGAGAACCUCCCUACCUGAAUGAAAACCCUCUCAGGGCUCUGUACCUGAUCGCAACAAACGGUAAACCAGAGAUCAAGGAGAAGCAGAAGCUGUCUCCAGUCUUCCAGGACUUCCUGGACAAAUGUCUGGAGGUGGAUGUGGAGAAGAGAGCAUCGGCUUCAGAACUACUGAAGCAUCCGUUCCUGCGAUUAGCUAAGCCUUUAGCCAGCUUAGUCCCACUCAUCCUUGCUGCUAAGGAGGCACAGAAGGGACACUGAGUUGUCUCCCUUGACCUCUCGUCCAAAAUGGAAUGUCUUCUGGAAACGAUGAGGAAACGAGUUUGAGGCUUCUGUUGUACAUUGAACCGAAGCAUUACACAGAGGAAUAUUCUUAUGGCUGUGUUUUAAGUGAUGAUCAUGUGUAGAUCAUGUGAUUGCUCAAAGGACUGGCUAGAUCUGGGAUGAAAUCGGACAGUUGUGACUGACGGAAUGUGCUGUAAACAGGCUAUUAUUCUGUGGCAGAAUGAAUGCAUGAAUGGCUUGUGAACAAGUGCUUCAGGAAUUGAAAUCUGAUAAUUAUUUUUUAUGUUAGGUGCGAUUUUUUGGAAUAUAUGAGGUGAGCUUUUGAGAAAUACUGAUGCUUUUUCAGAAGGUGUUCGGCUCUUAAAAAAGAGUUGAUCCCAUAAGUUCGUUUCUCAAGUUUACAAAUCAAUUUCUGCAUGAUAUUUUUCUUUUUUAUCUGCUUGAUGCUCAAGAAAUUCAUUUGAUUCUGCUGAGGAAACCAUACCAAAGAAUUCUGUCAUUAAGAAAGGCCUCAUGGCAGACAUCGGCUUGCUGAAACAUGCCUCAUCUCAUAUCAGUGUUCAGGGGAAAGAAAGUUACUCUCUGGUACUGGUUGCAACAAAUAUCCAUGCUAUUUUGGGAUCAGUAUCCAUGGCAACCAACACCCUUGACAUCGGCUUCCAUUGUAACAAGUAUCAGUAUCCAUAACAACCCUCUGUCUUGAAAUCAGUAUCCACUGAAACCAACUGUGUUGAUAAUUAAUCUCUGUCUUGAAAUCAAUACUCCUGGAAACCACAUUUUUGAUGACAGUAUCCAUAGCAACCACAACAGGCAGUAGAUGAUUUUGAGAUGACAUGGGAAGAUUCACAUUGGAGUGCUAGUCAUCUCUUUUUCAAAUUACUAGUAGAUCAAAACACGACAGGAUGAAACAACAACUGUGAAACAGCGGAAAUUGUUAAUGAGAGGAUUUAUUCAGAAGCAAUGUGUGAAUGACUGAUGUAUGCUUGUCGGCCAUUUUCUGUGGCAGUCUGUAUGGAUGAGUGAGCGUAUUUUUGUUUAGAGUCAUUGUACAAAUCUCCUAAUAUUCAACCCGUAGUGUAGAGUCAGUGAGCUCAUUACAGACAUUGUCUACAGUAGCUUUACAUGUUCAGCUAAACACACUAGAAAGUAGUCUCUACCUGGUUAGAUUGGUCAGACCUGUGUGUCCUUUCGGCAAUAGAAUGUGUAUUGGGUGGCCAGUGCUAAGGAUGUUUGUGAUUGUUUACCAGAAGACAUGAUUCCGUAUGGUGAUCUGGCUCAUUGUGGUAACUGAAUCCCGGCAGUGUAGAUCAUUGCGCUCAUUCAUCACUGGUUUGGUCAUCAUAUCCUGGUCUCGAUUAUCCAUGCUGAUGGUAUCCACCACUGUUUGGGGUCACUGUAUCCUGGCAACAGUUCUGAGCUCAUUCUAUCCACCACUGGUUUGUCUGGUCUGAGUUUGGUCGGUUGUCAAGACAUAGCUGGAAUAUGCUGGGUUUGGCAGCACACAGCCAGAUAUAUGACCCUCAACUUAUUUGUGUGGUAGAGAUCAACUGGGGGUUCAUUCAGGAGUGUGAUGUCGUUUUUCCUCUAUUAAUGAUCGCACCAUGUAAUAAACAAACUGUUUACUUCAACACUCUGAAGACAUGUUUAUCAUACCUAAGUCAACCAAGUCAUAGGAAUAUUGUCUCACUACAGAAUAGUAUGAUGAGCAUGAAGCUUUGUCGGAAUUGCCUGCACGAUUCAACAGAACAAAGUUUUAUGAACGGAAGCUGUUGGGAUAGUAGUAUUUUUCUCGGCACUACUUCUGAGAAAACAGGUUAUUUCAGAUAAAUAUGCUGCUGAAAGAGCUAGGGUCCUUUAUUAAAAGGGAAUGCUAGGGCUUAUAAUGCUAUCUGAACAUAUUCUAUGCAUUUAGUCAGUGUUGUGAAAUUGAUAUUGUACUAUGUAAUCCCAUCUUUGCAGUAGGUUCUUUCAUUGAAAGCUAAAUCGUGUUUAUGUGAACAUCUAGAUGCUGUUUAGGUUGAGAGACAUGUUGCAUUUGAAGCAGAUUGAGGGUCAGUUUACAAAUGUCAAACCAGGAAGAUGCUAUUGUUAUAACAA